AUGGCUCCUCAGGCAAAGAAGUCGGGCAAGGCCCAGAAGCAGACCAAGAAGUACAUCAUCGAUGCUUCUCAGCCUGCCAGCGACAAGAUCUUCGACGUCGCUGCCUUCGAGAAGUUCCUCCAGGACCGCAUCAAGGUCGAGGGCCGCACCAACAACCUCGGUGACAACGUUGUUGUCAAGCAGCAGGGUGAGGGCAAGAUCGAGAUCAUUGCCCACAACGAGCUCUCUGGUCGUUACCUCAAGUACCUGACCAAGAAGUUCCUCAAGAAGCAGCAGCUCCGUGACUGGCUCCGCGUCGUCUCCACCUCUCGCGGUGUCUACGAGCUCAAGUUCUUCAACGUCGUCAACGACGAGGCUGACGAGGACGACGAGUAA